AUGCAUCGAGCUGGUUACCGUGACAAUUGCAGCUUUCCUACAAGUCUGACUGAUGGGAUACAGCAAAACGGUAACACAGAUACAGAUGGAGGAGGCUGGACCGUCAUCCAGAGGAGACAAGAUGGCUCUGUUGACUUUUACCGUACCUGGGACGAAAACCAAACCGGGUUUGGUGAUCUGCUUAAUGAGUUCUGGUUGGGGAAUGAUAUCUUGCGUGACCUUACUGGGUCAGGUCAAUGGGAGCUCAGAGUAGAAAUGGAAGAUUGGGAGUCCAACACAGCUUGGGCUUCUUACGGUGAGUUUGCUGUUACUGGAGACAUGAACACUCUCCAUGUUGGUUCGUACGACACUCAGAGUACAGCAGGUGAUUCCAUGGCAUCUCAUAAUGGCAAAGCAUUCUCGACGAAAGAUAAUGACAAUGAUGAUAACAAACAUAACGAUUGUGCCCAGUCUAAUGAAGGUGCAUGGUGGUUUGGUUACUGCCAUGAAGCUCAUCUGAACGGUAAAUACUUUCCCCAGGGAGAAUUUUCCGGUGGAAAAGGAAUUGAAUGGGUAGGAUGGAAAGGACGAGGAUACUCACUGAAGAAAUGUACCAUGAAAAUACGGCAAGUUUUGUAA